AUUUGGUAUUUAUUUUGACACUGACAGUGUGAUCGAUGUAGUGAAGAACGAGAUUUCUAUUUCUGUGAUCUUGCAAUACAAAACGAAAUAGCGAAACGAAACGAUUUAUACUGAUUGCACUUGCUUUAUUUGUUUAAAACAGAUGAUAAAACACUCCACACGAACCACGUUAAACGUUUUUAAUGGAUGUGCGAACUUAACUAGUGUAAUAUUGAGUGAAAAAUAUGUCGAAAAUAAAGAAAUUAACAGGCUCUUUCCGCUAUACGCAUUGGGACCCAUGUCUUAUAAUUUCACAAAUAGUGGCAAUGCAGUUUGUUCUUUACCUCACACUUUGUAUCUUGAUAGCUGUGAUGCAGGAUCUGACGUCUUCGACGAGAACUUUGGACCAUCUCUUUCAGUAUCAUGAAAUACAUGUCAAAGACAAUGAAGGCAGAUCAGUAAUCCUGGCAUUUGUUUUGAACGCCAUUAUAGGAGCUUUAGUACUGUGGACUUUAGUGGGGAGAACCAAGUUGUGCUUGGAUUUUAGUUGCACCUUCUAUGGUAUACACUUACUAUUCUGCUGGGUGUACAACGGAAGUUUCCCCACUACAUUUUCCUGGUGGGCGCUUAAUAUAGCCUGUGCAGCGAUCACAUGCGUCGCCGGAGAGUUUCUGUGCCUCCGUACCGAGUUGCAGGCGAUACCUCUCAGUAAUAUCGGAGCUAAAGUGGAUUUAUGAAAGUUAAGUUAUACUGCAAUUUUUACAUAACGGACUUACUAGUUAUGGUGUCCCAUGAAAGAAUUACUAUGCUUACUUUACUGCCGUAAUCACACAUCAAUACAUUCAUAUCAAUGCUGUAGAACAAAAAUGAAUGUUGUGGCCGUCUUAAAGAGUUGUACACUGUUAUACUAAGCCAUAGGUGCUUAAUAAAUAAUUAAAUUAGAA